UGCAUGUCGCGUCUCUCUUGAGACACAUCCCUUUUCGGCUUCCGUAACAAUUCACAUGGACAGCGAAGGUCAGCUUCCAAUAUGGCUGCUAGCACAAGAAAGCUUGACAAAGUUAUGUUUUCAAUAAAGCUGUUACGGAAUAUACAACAGCAAAAUGAACGUUUCUUGUCCACGUCUAUGCGUCGCCUCGCCGAGGGGAGUGACGGUGGCAAGCCAACAAAAUUCACCCCUCCACCAAAACCUGUCAUAAUUGACAAAACACAGUCCGAGGCUUCACUGCGAAAGUUCCUGAGUCCAGAAUUCAUCCCUCCCCGACAGAGAAUAAACCCACUGAAGUUCGCAAUUGAGCGCAAAGACAUGAUCCAGAGGAGGAAAGUGCUGAACAUUCCGGAGUUUUAUGUUGGGAGUGUCUUAGCUGUGACCAUGGCGGACCCUCAUGCCAGCGGCAAAACCAACCGCUUUAUGGGCAUCUGCAUCCAGAGAGGUGGCCAUGGACUGGGAGCCACAUUUGUCCUUAGGAAUAUUAUCGACGGCCAAGGAGUUGAGAUCUGCUAUGAAAUGUAUAGCCCACGGCUGCAGCAGCUGGAGGUGCUGAAGCUGGAGAAAAGGCUGGACAACAAUCUGAUGUACCUGAGAGACGCCCUGCCCGAGUACAGCACCGUGAACUUGGACAUGAAGCCUGUGCCCCACUCUGUCACCGGGGACGUGCCCGUCAAUAAAACCAGAGUGCGGAUGCGUCCUAAGCCGUGGUCCAAGCGCUGGGAGCGGCCCAAGUACAACGUGCAGGGCAUCCGCUUCGACCUGUGUCUGUCGCCCGAGAAGCUGGAGCACGCCCAGAAGUGGGCGGAGCCCUGGCGGGAGUAUGACAUGCUGAAAGAGUACGACACCACGGCCCUGGAGGAGCGCUUCCUUAAGGAGGUGCAGACAGAGAUGAGCAAGUCAACAUCCCCCUAACCCUCUUAACCAGGGGUGGGUACUUCCAGUAAGAGGGUGGGUAGUUCAAUAAGAGGGUGGGUAGUUCAAUAAGAGGGAGGGUAGCUCCAGUAAGAGGGUGGGUAGUUCAAUAAGCGGGUGGGUAGCUCCAGUAAGAGGGUGGGUAGUUCAAUAAGCGGGUGGGUAGCUCCAGUAAGAGGGUGGGUAGUUCAAUAAGCGGGUGGGUAGCUCCAGUAAGAGGGUGGGUAGUUCAAUAAGUGGGUGGGUAGCUCCAGUAAGAGGGUGGGUAGUUCAAUAAGCGGGUGGGUAGCUCCAGUAAGAGGGUGGGUAGUUCAAUAAGCGGGUGGGUAGCUCCAGUGAGCGGGUGGGUAGCCCCAGUAAGCAGGUGGGUAGCUCCAGUGAGCGGGUGGGUAGUUCAAUAAGCGGGUGGGCAGCCCCAGUAAGCGGGUGGGUAGUUCAAUAAGCGGGUGGGUAGUUCAAUAAGCGGGUGGGCAGCCCCAGUAAGCGGGUGGGUAGUUCAAUAAGCGGGUGGGUAGUUCAAUAAGCGGGUGGGCAGCCCCAGUAAGCGGGUGGGUAGUUCAAUAAGCGGGUGGGUAGUUCAAUAAGCGGGUGGGCAGCCCCAGUAAGCGGGUGGGUAGUUCAAUAAGCGGGUGGGCAGCCCCAGUAAGCGGGUGGGCAGUUCAAUAAGCGGGUGGGCAGCUCCAGUGAGCGGGUGGGUAGUUCAAUAAGCGGGUGGGCAGCUCCAGUGAGAGGGUGGGCAGCUCCAGUGAGAGGGUGGGCAGCUCCAGUGAGAGGGUGGGCAGCUCCAGUGAGCGGGUGGGCAGCUCCAGUGAGAGGGUGGGCAGCCCCAGUGAGAGGGUGGGCAGCUCCAGUGAGAGGGUGGGCAGCUCCAGUGAGCGGGUGGGCAGCUCCAGUGAGCGGGUGGGCAGCUCCAGUGAGAGGGUGGGCAGCUCCAGUGAGAGGGUGGGCAGCUCCAGUGAGAGGGUGGGCAGCUCCAGUGAGCGGGUGGGCAGCUCCAGUGAGAGGGUGGGCAGCCCCGGCUGCAGUGUGCUGGUUUUACUGUCAAAUCAAUACAUUACAUAAAGUUGUGGAAAACAAAUCUCGUUUAUUCACUCAAUGAGCAAUUAGUGACAUGAAUAGAUGGAUGAAGUGGCUGGGAGAUGAAAAGCCCUUGACAGUACUGCCUCUGAGGAACAGUGUUCAGCCAUCCCUGUUAAGCUCUUUCAACACUCGAUGGCCCUCGGUCUUCCACCCGUCUCCAUGUACAUGAUGUCUGGUGAGAGGUGGAGAGGAACAUUUAGGAGUCAAUCACCCAGGGACGAUGGUGGAACCGUCUGCAUAGCUGUGGUUACCUGCUUGCUUCAUCGUAUCUUGUAUUGUAUGUCUGGAAAAGUGUUUAUGCAUAUCAAUGUGCAGUUGCAAGUAUCCAUUUCUAAAUUAAAAAGCUGUUAAACAUG